AUGUCACAUUAUUUCUCUGAAGAAUUAGUGGUCGAAAUCUUGAAGAGACUACCCGUAAAAUCUCUACUCAAAUUUAGAAGCGUUUGCAAAUCAUGGUACUCUCUAAUCACCAACCUUAAAUUCAUUUCUCUUCAUAUUGCUCAUACUAUUGAAGCCAACAAAACCUACUCACUUGUCACAAAGAACCCUACUCCUUAUACAUAUCCUAGCAAACAACAACUUGUUUUGCAUAGUGAUAAUGUCUCAUUUAGUGAGCAUAAAGAACUCGAUUUACGUUCUUUUUACAUUGUCUCUGCUCCCCAUGUCGAAUUUUUGUUUGACAUAGUCGGUUCAUAUAAUGGUUUGGUUUGUUUGUCUGAUCAAAGAUUUAAUCGCCUGAUUUUGUGGAACCCGGCAAUUGGCAAGUUUAUUACAACAUCGCUAUGGGAGGAUUAUGACCGGACUGUCAUUGUUGGAUUCGGGUUUGAUAGCAAGAAUAUAGACUACAAAGUGGUGAGGAUUUCUUAUGGCUAUACAAAUUCAGGUGCUCCAUCAAAACUUAUCCAACCAUUUGUUGAGAUUUUUGAACUUAGUUCGAGUUCUUGGAAGACCGUUACCGUCAAGCAUCUAAAUUAUGUUGUUCGCGCUUACCAAUAUCCUACUUAUUUGAAUGGCGUCGUUCAUUGGUUUGCACAAAUAUACAGUGGGAUCUCUAGAAAAUUAAUCAUAGCAUCAUUUGAUUUGAGCAACGAAGCAUUUGAAGAACUGAUGCUCCCUGAUGCGCUACCUGAUCAAUCUGAUUACAUUAAUCUUUCUUUAACAGUGUACCAUCAGAAAUUCGCUAUAAUACAGUAUGAACAAUGGAAACUGGGUAAGUUUAAUUCCCUCUAUUUUGAGAAAUGUUGUAUUUGGGUAAUGAAAGAGUAUGGUGUACGAGAAUCUUGGACCAAACAGCUUACCAUAGAUUUAGAAAAUCAUGGAGGUUCGUCGUCGGUGCUCAACUUUCAAGGGAAUGGUAGCAUUCUUGUUGAGGAACGUGAUGGUUCGAUAGCUUCUUAUGACCCUGAGACAAAAAAGGUCACUUCUCUUGGAGUCCGAGGAUCUAACUUUCAAGUGUAUUCUUACAUAGAGAGCCUUAUUUUACUCGAGGAAGGAAAAAGGAAUGGAAUGAACCAAUAGAAGAUUAAAGGCGGAACCAGGGUAGAGCGAGAAUCUCAUGACCGGUGCUUCGCACCAACACCAUGGUUGUUCUAGUUAGCGAUUAGAGUACUGAGUAUUUACAUCCCCACUUGAAAUCAAAAAUCCGCCAUAAAA